GUUUCGUCGUCGUGGUGUCCAUAACUCAUAUCAACCCAUCGAAUACCUCACCGCCUGUGAACAUUUAUCUUCCGACAGCCAUCACUUGCGAGCAGUUCAACGUCCUGGACGUCGCAGCAGCAUAAUAGAUACAGUCACUCGCUUGAAGGUUACUGGACGCAUCAUCACGAUUGACGAGCGAUACCCAUAUCCCUGACCAUUCGCUUCAGGGGUCCUCGCACGCUUGAAUGUCCCCGAUGGCGGCAAUGGUGGGCGCAUCCUAGUACGGCCACUCUAACAACCACGGGCUCCUCGAAAGACGCUUCAUCACCGAAUCUUUGCGGUUGAGCGCCCGGAUACGAACCCUGCGGUCGACGGAUGACGGGGUACAUGACGGUAGCGUCUGGCAGUGCGUCAGGAGCUACCGCGGGCGGAAUCAUGGCGGGCCAACGCCGAACACGUAGCCCGAAGAUGGGCGGCGGGCACGCCUCCAUGAUGAGCAGCAACAUCAACCUCCUGAACACGAUCAUCGGCGCUGGAACGCUUGCCAUGCCAUCGGCCAUGUCCCACUUCGGUAUCAUGCUCGGUGUCCUUCUGAUUGUGUGGUGCGGACUCACAUCGGCGUUCGGUCUCUACCUCCAGUCACGCUGCGCGCGCUACCUCGACCGGGGAUCAUCUUCCUUCUUCGCACUCUCCCAGAUUACCUACCCAAACGCCGCUGUGGUGUUCGAUGCUGCCAUCGCCAUCAAAUGCUUUGGAGUGGGCGUCUCUUAUAUGAUCAUCAUCGGCGACCUAAUGCCAGGCGUUGCAGAAGCCUUUGGCAGCGCGGACUUGGGCUGGCCGUUCUUGGAGGAUCGGAGGUUCUGGAUAACCGUCUUCUUCAUCCUUUUCAUCAUACCGCUGAGCUUUCCGAAGAGGCUGGAUUCUCUCAAGUACACAAGCGUGGUGGCAUUGCUUGCGAUAGGCUAUCUCAUCAUCCUGGUUGUCUACCACUUCGCGGCCGACGAAAUUCCGAACAACAGGGAUAUCCGUGUCAUCACCUGGGAGGGACCCGUAGCUGCCCUGAGCAGCCUGCCCGUGGUUAUCUUUGCCUACACGUGCCACCAAAAUAUGUUCUCUAUUCUCAAUGAGAUUAAGGACAACACGCCUGGCAGCAUCGUUGCUGUUAUUGGCGCCAGCAUUGGCUCCGCGGCAUCGGUUUACAUCCUGGUCGCCAUCACCGGGUACCUCACGUUCGGCAAUGAUAUUCAGGGGAACAUUGUUGGCAUGUAUCCGGCAUCCGUUGCCUCGACCAUCGCCAAAGCAGCGAUUGUCGCCCUGGUGACAUUUAGCAUCCCCCUGCAAAUCCACCCGUGCCGCGCCUCCAUCGACGCAGUUCUGCGCUGGCGGCCCGGCAGCAGUCAGAGGCCGUCGAGCGGCUCCAGCGUCCCCUCAGGCAGCCAGCCCCUUCUCCCGUCCAGCAACGCUGCCGCCGCCUCUCUUGAUAGCCAUGGCGCGCCGGUGAUGGCCAUGUCCGAGCUGCGCUUCGCCCUCAUCACCAGCGCCAUCCUGAUUCUGAGCUACAUCACCGCCCUCAACGUUUCCAGCCUCGACCGCGUCCUGGCAUAUGUCGGCAGCACGGGGUCGACCGCCAUCUCGUUCAUCCUUCCGGGCCUGUUCUACUAUAAGAUCAGCGACCCGGACAGCAUCCACCACCAACGCCUGUCCAAGGAGGAUGACGACGUCGAUUUGAGCGCUACGGACGACGAUGACGACGAGGCCGGUGAGGAUGUUCUCGGAAACAGUGUCGCCAGCCUCCGGUCCAUCCGGUCCGUACGGUCCAACGCCAGCGGGAUGAGUACGCGCUCGCGGUCUGGUAGCCGCUGGCUGUGGCGAUGGCGAAGGAAGUGGCGGUGGGAUCUGGAGCAUCUCGAGACGGGCCUGCUGCGGAAGCUGUCCUUUUUCUUGUCAGCGUACGGGGUCUGUGUUAUGAUUGUGUGCUUGUUUGUCAACACUUUCUUUAGUUUCAAGCAUUGA